AUGGAGAGCAACGCGUCCUCCGGGAACUGUUCCGACCCCCAGAUGUCCUUCCAGUCCACCCUCUACGCCACCACCUACACCCUCAUCUUCAUCCCAGGGCUCCUGGCCAACAGCGCUGCCCUGUGGGUCCUGUGCCGGUUCCUCAGCAGGAAGAGCAAAGCCGUCAUCUUCAUGAUCAACCUGGCCGUGGCCGACCUGGCCCACGUCCUCUCACUGCCCCUGAGGACCUACUACUACAUCAACCACACCUGGCCCUUUGGGAGCUUCCUGUGCCAGGUAUGCUUCUACCUGAAGUACCUCAACAUGUACGCCAGCAUCUGCUUCCUCAGCUGCAUCAGCAUCCAGCGGUACCUGUUCCUGCUGCACCCCUUCCGAGCCAAGGGCUGGAAGCGCCGCUACGACGUGGCCAUCAGCGCCCUGGUCUGGCUCUUGGUGGGGGCCGCCUGCCUGCCCCUCAUCAUCCUCAGGAGCCCAGCCCUGUCCAACUCCAUCAACAGCUGCUUCUCGGACCUGGGCGUGAAGCAGCUCAGCCCGGGGGCCGCCAUCGCGCUGGUGACGGUGGCCGAGCUGUUCGGCUUUGUCAUCCCCUUCGGCACCAUCGCCUGGUGCACGUGGAGGAUGUGGCAUUCCCUGCGGGAGGGCCCCACGGCGCUGCAGGACGCUGGCGAGAAGCGGAAGGCCCUGAGGAUGGUCCUCAUGUGCGCCGCCGUCUUCUUCAUCUGCUUCACCCCUUACCACAUCAACUUCCCCUUCUUCAUGAUGGUGAUCGAGAACAUCAUCCGGGACUGUGCCGUGCACCGGAGCACGCUGCGCUUCCACCCCAUCUCCCUGUGCCUGGCCAGCCUCAACUGCUGCCUGGACCCCGUCCUCUACUACUUCAUGACCUCCGAGUUCCAGGCGCAGCUGCUGCGCCACGGCUGCGUGGCCCUGAGAGCGCGGCUCCCGCCCCGCCGGAGCAGCGCCCCGGGCACCGACACGGCCCAUGACAUCCGCGUCAGGAAGAGGAAUCUCCCUCGCCUCAAGUUCUGGUCUCUUCCCAAGUUCUUCGGCCAAAUAAACAGCAUGGACAUCCCCGCCGUGCCGCCCGAUGAGCUGCUGCUGGAGUCCAUCUCGUGA